AUGGCCACUGGACAUGGCGAACAGAGGGCUAUCCACCCCUUCUUUCGCAAAGAAAUCAACAACCCCCCCAAUCCCUCCGAAUCUUGCGACACAUCCCGCGUUCACUCGUUAGCUAUGCUCGAUCAUGAUCCAAAUUCCGAACGAAGAAAACGAAGGAAGACCGACAAAGAUGACCCGGCAGAGACGACACAGGUUACGGUCAAUCCGUCCUCAACCAAGCCUGAAUCCGGGGAGCAGAAGACUAUCAAAUUGAAUGCCAAUGGGAAAUUAUUGUCGUCGCCGGUGUCUGCUAAGGUUGAGGACAAUCCAAGAAAGGGGAGGAAGAACAAGCGCGGCAAAGCAGCUGAGCAAAAGGCUCAGCCUUUUGGGAGCAAGGUUGUCAUCAUUAAAUACAAUGUGGAAGCAAAUUCGGAGAAGGGGCUUGCCCAGCUCAUAGACGACAUUAUCAGUGGUCGCAAGAAACACAUCGCAGCCACAAAACCUCUCCACCAUACCCCGGCCCCAUCUAUACCUACACAGGAGCAGCCUGCUAAAGCAACCCAUCCGUUCUUCCUGAAGAAAUCCUCUCAAAAGGCGAAUCACUCCAACACUCAAACAGACGCUCAUGAGGCAACCCCUCCGAACACCCAACGAAAAGAAACUAAGCAAGUCUGCUCGACGCCGAAAUUCCCUCUCAAAUCUAGCUCAAGCUUUCCAGGAACAUCAACACCGAAUUCAUUCGCUAAGCGGCCUAGAUACCCCGAACUCGCGCACCCAAUCUGGCCACCUCAUGGCCUCACACACGUCAGGGGCAGACAAGACGAUCUCGAAUCCUACAGCCUUGACAUGAGGGGUCUAGGUCCGAAGAAGUCCAAGACUGCUGCGAUCAAUGUCCCCGACGACGAAAAUGUCCUCUUACUUCGGCUACCCAAGAACCCCUCCGCUGCGUCAGGAAUACUGAGAAUACCUGGAAGACACGUUGCCAGUGGGAAGAUCUUGCAAUGCGCUGUCACCAGACAACUCUCCGAACAAGCUUCAUCUGCACGAACGAAGAAGAGUACUCUGAAUAAGACUUGUCACGCUGCCCUCGCCAAACUCCACGCUUCGCUCACCAGUUCCAUGUCCGCUUUUGACCUUGGUCUUUGCGACACCUCUAGCUGGACUCAAAAAUACGCUCCCCAAUCUGCAGAGCAGGUUCUCCAGGCCACGAGGGAAGUCUUUAUGCUGCGCAAUUGGCUGCAAUAUCUCAAGGUCACCGCUGUCGACACAGGCAAACCACAAAAAGACGAUGCGGCGAAAAAGAAGACGGAGGAGAGGAAGCGCAAGAAACGCAAGAAGGACAAACUGGACGGCUUCAUUGUGUCCAGUGAAGAGGAAGCCUCCGAGAUGGACGAAAUUUCCGGCUCAGAUGAUGAACUCGCUGCGGACAUGACCACCAAGAAGACCGUCGUUCGUGCUGGUGACAUGGCGCUGGGUUCAAAAUCGGGGACCGAGAAAAUUCGCAUGUCCAAUGUCAUCUUGAUGAGCGGUCCUUCGGGGUGUGGCAAGACGGCAUCGAUUCAGGCAGUAGCCAAAGAGCUGGACUUUGAGGUGUUCGAAAUCAACCCGGGAAAUCGCCGGAGCGCCAAGGACAUCCUGGACCGUGUAGGUGACAUGACACGCAACCAUCUGGUCCAUCACCAUCACACCGAUGACAGUGCAUCUGAUGGAAGUGGUGUCGAGCUAGUGGGCCCGAAAAAGAAUAAACUCAAAGGGUUCUUCCAGUCAACAUCAACUGUCAAGUCGGGGGCCAAGCCGGCACCCGAACCAGAAUCCUCAACACUAGAGUCAGAGACGAAGCGUUCUCGCAGCCAGAAGCAAUCGUUCAUUCUUCUGGAGGAGGCAGACAUCCUUUUCGAAGAAGACAAGGGAUUCUGGUCCGGGGUGAUGACGCUAAUCAGCCAAUCGAAACGGCCAAUCAUCAUCACCUGCAACAACGAGAAACUUCUUCCACUCCAAGACAUCUCCUUUCAUGCCAUACUUCGCUACCGACCUCCUCCAAAAGUUCUUGCUGUUGACUAUCUCCUUCUUGUGGCUGCCAAUGAGGGUCACAUGCUUAAACGAGGAGCGGUCGAGAGUCUGUACGACAGCACAGGUCGAGAUCUCCGGCGAUCUAUCAUGGAGUUGGAUUUUUGGUGCCAGAUGGCGAUCGGCAGCGAGAAGUCCGGCCUUGACUGGAUCCUUGAUCGCUGGCCGCGGGGGUUGGACCUUGAUCCGAACGGUGACCCUCUUCGGGUGCUGAGUCUUAAUGCAUACGAGCCAUUCAUGGGCUGGUUUGGGCGCGACAUGCUGCAGAGUCACGGACCAGACAGUGAGAUUGAACCUCGACUAGAGUCACUUGCAUGGUGGCGGCUUAGCAUGCAGGAAACACAGACCAUGAACACUCUCAGGCAGUCUGAUUCGUAUCAUUCGGGCACGAAACCGGUGAAUGCGAUGUCCAACGCUGAUCAUCUAGAGACGUUGUUGCAAAAAUCCAAAUUUGCCGAUUUACAAAGUGACCUUGACCUUCUCUGCUCCCGCUGCUCACUUGACAUGAAGCUGGACACUCUGGAUCCCUCAAUACCUCCAUUACCGGAAAAGCAAAGGACAAACUACACCGAAGGUUGUCAAUUGCUCUCCGCAGAUAUCAUGCCGGAGUACACAGCAAUGCCAGCGGCCAUGGGCUGCACCUUCGAGACUUUACUAGAGAAGGCUUUCGCGCAUGAAUAUCAAGAGGACAAGCAGUCUGUUGAUAUGAAAGCCUCGGAUAAGAAGACUUCGGAUCCUGAAUCGGAGUAUGGCGCAAGGGUCCUGAAAGAAGUGAAUAAACCCCCCAGUGCUGGUCCUGGCCGUGCUGAAUUCCAUGCGGCCUUCGAGCCUAUGACGAGAGCGGAUUACGUCUUCCCCAUGCCUACUGGCCGUUUGGCACCUUCAUUUGAGAGCGGAAUGCGUCCCAUUGCUGAGGAUCUAGGACCCUAUAUCCGAGGAAUCAUGGCCUAUGAUCUCCGCUUGGCACACCGUCGGCUACAAUUGGGUGAGAUUCUCUCCAGUGAUGGGAAGGGUGCCAAGCGCACACGACAGACCCGAGCCAGUCGAGCAGCGCUUGAGGGUGGCGACAAGGCAUAUACUCGCAAGGAGAGAUGGUUUCCAUCGGACGCCAACCCGUCGCUGGUCUUCGCGACGGGUAAGCAGGAAUGGCAGGAAAUCCUGGCGCGGAAGGGCUACUUUGUUGAUUCGGCGCUGGGUAAUUCCGCGCAGAGAUCCAAGUCCUCCCUUUUCGCAGACGAGCCGUCCUUUGGUGGGAACACAGGAAAUGCGGGUUCCUCCUCCCUCUUCGCCGACGACGAGGGGCUGAACUCCGGCUCGCUCUGGGGCAACAGUGUCAACAAACGGACGAAACACCAAAUUGUGAAGACUCUCCUUCCGCAAGAUGAGGUUCCUGACAGCUAUAUCGAUGCGUACGAUCUGGUGCUCAGUGAGGGGGAUCGCGUGGGCAGUGGUGUGGGCCUGACAUCCGUCCGCGAAAUCCUGUCGAGCAGCGGACUCAGUGCCAGCGAUCAGGAGAAAAUCCUGAAUUUGGUCGUCUCGGGCGAUGUAGACAGCUCCACUGGCCUAGGACGUGGUGAGUUCAGCGUGCUUCUGGCACUCGUGGGCCUAGCGCAGGAAGGGGAGGACCUGACAUUCGAUGCGGUUGACGAUCGACGCAAGAAGCUCCCGCAGCCCAGGUGCUCUUAUUUCGACGCAUUGCGCGCUAAACACGAAACUGCUACAUCGGGGCAGUCUUCGCAGCAAGACCGUCCCACUACGCCUCCUGCCCCCGCCACCCCGCCGCCAGAGCCAAGUUCAACUCAUUCACGACAGUCCCGCCGUGGGUCCAUGGGCAGUUUUGAAGCCGAUCCGUGGGGAAGCCCUCAGCUGCAUCGAGGACAUGCCCAUGCCCAAACCGAAUCCGAGCACCCCGUUCUCAAUGGUUAUGGCAGCGUACGAUCCGGGACCAAUGCAUGGGCUAGCAGAGCCAGUGAUACCAGCGGCCCGCAGGAUGCGCCAGAGAAUCCCCAUCCCAAUCGAGGGGCGGGCUUGGGCCCUUCUGCUAACCCUGGCUUUGGAUGGGGAGACAACAUUGGGAAUACCUCGGAUGGACAUGGACUGGGAGGGCCGGUCCGAGCUGGAAUUGGAGGCUUUGGCCCACCCGGGAGCGACCAAGGCGACUCCAAUCCCCGUCGCCGGUCCUUAGGCAUCGAUAGAGUUACGAAUACCCGUACGGAGGAAGUGAUCACGAUCACCUUGCUUCCGGAAAAGGAAGGCAUGUUCAUGUUUCAGCAUCGCAAUUAUGAAGUCAAGUCUGCCCGCAGAGGGAGCACCGUGGUUCGACGGUACAGUGACUUCGUGUGGCUCCUGGACUGCCUCCACAAACGCUAUCCGUUCCGCCAAUUGCCACUGCUGCCCCCGAAGAGGAUUUCAGUCAAUGGCACUCACCUUUCAGCGGACUCCAAUUCCUUCCUGGAAAAACGUCGUAGGGGACUUGUACGAUUUACGAAUGCGCUCGUUCGGCAUCCGGUCUUGAGCCAGGAGCAAUUGGUGGUUAUGUUUUUGACGGUUCCGACAGAACUUUCGGUGUGGCGGAAACAGGCGACCAUUUCAGUGCAGGACGAAUUUGCGGGCCGAGCCCUACCCCCCGAUCUUGAAGACUCGCUCCCCUCCAACUUAACAGACCUGUUCGAUACGGUCCGCAGUGGGGUCAAACGGUCGGCGGAGGUGUACAUCAAUCUGUGCACGCUGUUGGAGCGGUUAGCGAAGCGCAACGAGGGGCUUGCUGCCGAUCACCUGCGGUUCUCCCUGGCGCUGCAGUCGCUGACCGAGGUGACACGCGACACCUACGCAGUGGAUACGAACGAUGUGCCGUUGCUCAACGAGGGAAUCAAGGCCACGGCACGGCAUCUGUCGGCAAGCCAGAGUCUGCUGGAGGACGAGGCUCGGGCUUGGGAGGAUGGGAUGUUGGAAGACCUCAAGCGCCAACGCGACUGUCUGGUCAGUGUGCGAGAGAUGUUUGAUCGGCGGGACCGAUAUGCUCGUAACAACAUCCCCCAAUUGGAGCGUCGCAUUGAGAACAACGAGCGCAAGCUGCAGGAGCUGCGGGCCCGGCCCCAGAACACGGUCAAACCGGGCGAAAUUGAAAAGGUGGAAGAAGCUAUCUUCAAGGACAAGGAAUCGAUUGUGCAACAACACGCACGUGGGGUGUUUAUCAAGGAGUGCAUCCGGGACGAACUCGUGUUUUUCCAGCAAAGUCAAUACCACAUCAGCCGGCUGCAUCAAGACUGGAGUCAGGAGCGGGUCAAGUACUCGGAGCUGCAGGCGGACAACUGGCGGUCACUCAGCGAUCAAGUGGAGGGCAUGCCGUUAGGGGACUGA